CUUUUUCGACUGAAUAUUUGUCGCUUAAACAGGGCAAAAUGGUGCGUCUACAUAUAAAUCGCCAAAUAACAAGUUAAUCAAACAGCAAAAGCACCCAAACAACACUAAAUACCCAUAUAGAUGUCGCUCGUCAUCCCAGAGAAGUUCCAGCACAUUCUUCGUAUCAUGAGUACGAACAUUGAUGGCAAACGCAAAGUUGGCAUCGCAAUGACCGCAAUUAAAGGCGUUGGUCGUCGCUACUCGAACAUUGUCCUGAAGAAGGCCGAUGUCGAUCUGACCAAGCGUGCCGGUGAAUGCACCGAGGAGGAGGUUGACAAAGUUGUGACGAUCAUCUCGAAUCCGUUGCAAUAUAAGGUGCCAAAUUGGUUCCUCAACAGACAGAAGGAUAUCAUUGAUGGCAAAUAUUCGCAGUUGACCUCAUCCAAUUUGGAUUCGAAGCUGCGUGACGAUUUGGAGCGCUUGAAGAAGAUUCGUUCGCAUCGCGGUCUCCGUCACUAUUGGGGCCUCCGUGUCCGUGGUCAGCAUACCAAGACAACGGGUCGUCGCGGUCGUACUGUUGGUGUCUCCAAGAAGAAGUAAGCUUCUAUCUGUGGCAACAAUUAUGAUAUAACAUCAGCACCCAAAAACAAAAAACCAACAAAUAUAAAAUACCGAAAAAAAUUGUAUGCAAAUUGUUUGUGUGAAGUGCUUAAAGAAAGUGUUUAAUUUA